CUGCGGCGCCGUUUAAUUACGUCACAGGCUACGUCUCUCGGGAACACAGACCCACUCGCCGGAUUUGCGUCACCUGGUAGCGACAGGUUUAAGGCUCUCGUGCUCCUCAUAUCCGCCGUCAUGGAAGCUGCGGGGUUGGUGGAGGAUCGGAAGGAGGCGAUGGCGGGAGACCUGCAGGAAGAGGCAGAGCUGGACGCAGUCUCAGCGGAGGAGCCUGAGGAAACGGCCUGCGACGGCGGCAAGAGGAAGAAGAAGGUAGUUCCGGGGAUCGUGUACUUGGGCCACGUCCCGCCGCGAUUCCGGCCCCUGCACGUACGCAACCUGCUCAGCGCCUACGGGGAAGUGGGACGCGUUUUCUUCCAGGCUGAGGACCGCUUUGUGAAGCGAAAAAAGAAGGCAGCAGCGGCCGCGGGAGGGAAGAAGGCAGCUAAAUACAGCAAAGACUAUACCGAAGGCUGGGUGGAGUUCCGCGACAAGCGCAUAGCCAAGCGAGUGGCAGCCAGUCUACAUAACACGCCCAUGGGUGCCCGAAGGCGCAGUCCCUUCCGUUAUGACCUGUGGAACCUCAAGUAUUUGCAUCGUUUUACUUGGUCCCACCUCAGCGAACACCUUGCCUUUGAACGCCAGGUACGCAGGCAGCGCCUGAGAGCAGAGGUCGCCCAAGCAAAGCGAGAGACUGACUUCUAUCUUCGAAGUGUAGAACGGGGACAACGCUUCCUGGCAGCUGAUGGCGACGCUACUCGCCCAAAUAGCUCCUGGACAUUUGCUCAACGUCCCACUGAGCAGGAGUUGAGAGCUCGCAAAGCAGCAAGGCCAGGAGGGCGGGAACGAGCUCGACUUGCCACUGCCCAGGACCAGGCCCGAUCCAACAGAGGACUCCUUGCCAGGAUCUUCGGAGCGCCGCCUCCUACAGAGAGCAAGGAAGAGCCGUAGCCAGUCUCCUGAUAGGAGAAAAAGUCGCUGUACCUACCAGCCCUGCCCUCCUCUGGCCUGUCUCCUGCAGAGUGUAACUAUCUAGGCAGAUAUUUUCUCUCUGUUCCACAGAGUGAUGUCAAGGGCC